CAGUCUGACAACAUCCAGGCCAAAUUAUGCAAGACAUGCUGUAAAUGAAAGAGCUUUUUUUUUGGGCUGCUUGUUUUUGCAUUUUAAUAUUGCACCACAGAAACCUUCUCCUGUGUUGCUUUCCUGUGUUGAUUAUUGUUAUGACAUGACCGGAUGUUUUCAGUGGUGGUUUCUGCACUAUGUGACGGCUGACCUGUGCCACACUCGUACUGUUACUGCUUGAUAAAUGUUCACGAAUUUCAUACUUGUUGAUUUUUUUUUGUGCAUAAGUCAACCUUUUGAGAAGUGUGCCUGUCAGGACAAUGAUCCAUGGAGUCUGGAGCUCAUGGGGCUGAUGGUAGGUGUCUGUCUGGGUUAUUUGGGGGAGGAGUGGGUAAUGAAGUGGCAGAUCUGAUGGCAUGUGGUGGCUUACUCCCUCACCCUUUGUCCAGCCUGUUUCCUGUCAUUAACCACUCAUGGUACUAUGUGUCUGACCUCAAUGGUUGGAAGAUGCUGAUUUUACAUCUAUGUCUGUGGCACUAUGCAUAAUUUCAUUCUUAUAAGCACAUCAGCUGAGGUAGAGCCUUUUUUUUUCUUUCUUUUUUUGUUUUUAAACUAACUUCUGUUCUUCCCCAAACAUCCAGAUGAGAAUGUAAGGCAGUUGUUAGAAAAGGUUGCUCCAUAUCUCCAUAAUAAUACUUACAGUAUAUACUAUAGUUAUAAUAGAAACCUGCACAGCAACAAUGAUCAAUUAUUCACUGUUUAGAGUUUAACACUCCAUUCAGGAAGCACUAGAACCAGCACAGCCUAUCAGCCAAUACAAUCAGUGCUGGAAAUGGGGGGCAAAAUUGUGAGUUGUACCAUUCGUCCCCUCCUAUCCACCAGAGGGCACCUUCUCUUGAACUUUCCAUGGCUUCUUUGGUUAUCCUGUUAAGUUCCAGUUUGCCAGGUAUAAAAUGCACAGGGACUAUUAUUCUGAGAAGAUGUCUUUCAGUUCGUUCAUGUAUUUUCUCCACCACCAGCAGAGCCUUAUUAUGGAAAGCAGAUGUGGAGGAGCUGUGCUACUGCAAGGAGAACUCGAGAUGCAGCGUCGAGGCUAGAGGCAGCGGCCAAGUGAGCGUGAGGCAGUGGGGAAGCCCCUCUGGAUGAGCCAGCCACAGGCACCCAGCCGCACAGUAAAGGAAUAACCACUUAAUAUGUCAACAGAGGCCGAGCUCCAGCCUGCUGCCAGACCCAGUGUCAAAAAGGAUUCCAAGAGGAGAGGGCAGGACCGCACUGAGGCAGCUCUGAUAAAGCGCUUUAAAGGGGAUGGUGUCCGCUACAAGGCCAAGCUCAUCGGCAUUGAUGAGGUCACCGCCGCAAGAGGAGACAAGCUCUGUCAGGACUCAAUGAUGAAGCUAAAGGGGAUCGCAGCCUCAGCACGCUCGAAAGGAGAACACAAGCAGAAAGUUUUUCUUACAGUGUCCUUCGGCGGGAUCAAGAUCUUCGAUGAAAAGUCAGGGGUUCUUCAGCACCACCAUGCAGUUCAUGAGAUUUCCUACAUUGCCAAGGAUAUCACGGACCACCGGGCCUUUGGCUAUGUAUGUGGGAAAGAGGGCAACCACCGAUUUGUAGCCAUCAAAACAGCUCAGUCUGCUGAGCCGGUGAUCCUUGACCUUCGUGACCUUUUCCAGCUGAUCUAUGAGAUCAAGCAGAGAGAAGAGAUUGAGAAAAAGGCUCAGAAAGACAAGCAGUGUGAACAAGCAGUUUACCAGACCAUUCUGGAAGAAGAUGUGGAGGAUCCGGUGUACCAGUACAUUGUGUUUGAGGCGGGACACGAGUCCAUCCGUGGCCAAUCAGAGGAGAGCAUUUAUCAGGUCCCUACCAGCCAACAAAAGGAGGGAGUGUAUGACGUCCCAAAGCGACAUCCAAAUGAACAUAAUGGCCAGACCAAACUGCUGGAUCUAGAUGCUGAUCUAGAGCUGUUUCCUCAGAAUAUCCACCAAUUAGAGCUUUUUGGAGACAUGUCCACUCCACCUGAUAUCACCUCUCCCUCAACACCCGCCUCUCCGGCUAGCGCUCUCGACCCAACGCUGCUCCACCAGCCCCCCUCAGAACUGUUUGCUGCAUUCAACCCUGCCUCUGUGCCCUCAGGUUAUGUGACAAUGGGAGCAGUGCCCCCUGGCUGGGCACAGCAGCAGUUUGCAGCCCAGGCACCACUGGCAUUCGGAGUUCAGUCACCAGUUCCUAUGGCUCAGGUGUUACCUGGUGGGCAGCCGCUAAUAUGGGGCCAGGCCAACCUCUUCCCUGCCACACAGCAGCAGUGGGCAGCUAUGGCUGGAGCCCACUUCUCACCUGCUGCCUUUGUCCCUGCACAGACCAUGGGACCACUCCCAGCUGCUAUGUUCCAGGCACUGGCACCCAUGCCCAUGGCGGCGGCAUGUCCCACCGCUGGUCCUUCCCCAGGCACACCAACCGCAGGCACCUCAGCCUCCACGGCCUCUAGUCCGCAACAUGGUGAGCGUUCAAUGCCUGGACAGACCAAGAUGAGCAAGGAGAUGUUCAAGGACUUCCAGAUGGCCAAGCCACCACCCGCAGGUACACGUAAGAGUGAGCAGCCCAAUCUGGCCUGCACCACAGACGCUUUUACCAGCUACUUCAGCCGGGUGGGACUGGCACAGGACAACGAUGACUGUGAUGACUUUGACAUCUCCCAAAUGAACCUUACUCCCGUCACCUCCACCACACCGUCCACCAACUCACCGCCCACACCAGCUCCUCACCAGAGCUCCCCAUCUAAGGCAUCAUCGCAGGCCAGUGACCCGCCCACUGAUGACUCAUUCGGGGAAGCGGAGGGCAGCCCCAGCCGCAGCGGCGAGGAGGACACUGGGAAGGACCCUCUCUAUGCCAAGAUCUGCAAAGGGAAGAAGUGAAGGAUCAUGGGAAGAGUGCACACAACUGAACAGUGCUCAGGGGGGAGCAAGAGACCAAACCCUUAGAGCCGCUCUGUGUGUGUGGGUGUGUGUGGGUGUGCAUGGGCGUGUGUGUGCGUACAAGCGUGUGUGAGCGUACAAGCGUGUGUGAUCAAUAGAAAGAAUGUGAGUGAAUGUAAGAGAAACGGAAGUGGCAGGAUGAUGACAUUGUGUGUGUGUGUGUGUGUGUGUGUGUGUGUGUGUGGUUGCAUGAGAGUGGAUGGUAUUCAGAGCUCACCUUUGAUGGAUCACUCCAGCCUUCUUGGCCUUCAGUCCUCCUCUGGAUCUCACUCUGUCUGGAGAACUGCAGACUGGACACUCCUCUCUUCUUUAUGUCCUUCCAUCCAGCUCUUUGUUUGUGUCGCUCAAUGUUUCCUACACUCAUAAACUGAAAGUGGAAUAUUAGACACAGCUGAUGAUGAUGACGACGAUGAUCUUCUUCACACUCUUUCUCUUUGCUCGCUCAUUCAUUUGCUCUCUAAUUCUGUCUCACUCUCAUGACAUCUAGCCAGGGUAGUGUGAGUACAAAGUCUGAGAGGUGGCUCAUUCCAUUGUACACACCACACACACACACACACACACACACACACACACACACACACACACACACACACACGCUCACUCAAGUGAGAGUUCAAGAAAUCACUGCUUCAUGAUCCUUCAUAAUCCCAGUCUCUGCGCUGUCAUCUCUCUGCGUAGUCCAGGCCAGAGCAAUCGAUUACAGAGUAAUCCAUUUGAUCCAUCUAUAGGAUUACGUGAUUCAUCCAUGUGGGUUUGUUUGGUUUUGCUCCCUGAUCUAUUUGAGAUUCUGCUGCUAGAAAGCUAUGCAGAAAUACAAAUAAAAAAAAAAUAGAGACUUUGUCUUUCUCUGUGGACUUUUCAGACAGAGAUCUGACUCAAGGAGUGACAUUGCCAAAAUCUCUCUCUCUCUCUCUAUCUUUCUUUCUUUCUUUUUUGUGGGAAAGACUUCUGAGCAGCUCAUACGGAGAAGACGUUGCGACGGCGUGGACGUUGCCAAACAAGCUGAAUCUGUG